AAAAGGAACGUGACAUCAACAACAGUCCCUGCCUCAAUCCCUCCCAUCUAUAUAUCCCACCGAUCCUACUACAUAAGUAGUACUAAUCUAACUGACGCAAAGUGCUUGUCGAUUGAGAUUAGGAAGCUCGCUGCCAGCUCUUCCGAUCCUGGGUUCAUCAUCAUCAUUCCCGUUAUGUGGGCGGACACGCUCCUGAUCUUGGGCAUCUCGGUGUUCACGGCCUUGUUGGGGGAGGGUUUUACGUGGCUGUUCGUGUACCGCACGGAGCGGUAUCAGCGGCUCAAGAGCGACAUCGAGAAGCAAACCAAGCGACUCGAGAAGAAGAAGGAGAUCCUGGGCGAGUCCACGCUCGACAAGACGCGCAAGCGCAAGAUGGAGAAGGACGAGGAGAAGCUCAAGAACACCAAUCGAGACCUCAUGGUGGUCAAGAUGAAGUCCAUGGUGGCCAUCGGGUUCGUGUUCACCUCGUUACUCUCCAUGUUCAACUCGAUCUUUGACGGCAAGGUGGUGGCCAAAUUGCCCUUUACGCCCAUCAGCUGGGUUCAAGGACUUUCGCACCGGAAUCUGUUGGGCGAGGAUUACACGGAUUGCUCCUUCAUCUUCCUCUACAUCUUGUGCACCAUGUCCAUACGGCAGAACAUCCAAAAGGCCUUGGGCUUUGCCCCGUCCCGCGCUGCGGCCAAGCAAUCCAACAUGUGGGGCCCGGACCCCAACAAAUAUAAGUUCUAGCGUCGCUCGUAGAUCGACCAGGCCUAACGGGUUGGCACGGGCUAAGAUGGUAUUGACCCACCUACCACCCGUUUGGGAUUAGACCCAGAAAUGACGAUCAAUAAAUAUCAGUUUGUGGGCUCGA